CCACGCCACGCCACGCCACGCCACAUGCCGGCAAACCUCUGUUGUCCGCAUCAUCAUCACCAACACACAGUCCUAACUGACUACAUGGUGCAAACCACAACCCGUCUAUCAAUCUAUCUGUCUAUCUGCCUGUGGCAGCAUUGCAAUGCAGGCGGAACCCGCAUACGAGCCAGGCAGCCCCCCCACUCCACUCCACCACACUGCAGCGCACGUUGCCUGCUUCAGGCAAGCUGCGAGUUGACGAAGUCCCAAUUGAUGGAAUCGAAGAACGCUGAAGAGAAAUAAGGCAACGAAAUCGAUUGGUUCCAGGAAGCAAAGCCUUGCGUUUCGUGGGGUGCGGUGCGGUGCGGUGCGGUGCGGUUGUCUGACUCACCGUUGAUGUAGUUGGGUCUGGCGUUGCGGAAGUCGAUGUAGUAGGCGUGCUCCCAGACAUCAAUCACCAUCACGGGCUUGUCGCCGCCAUCACUGCACAGCACACACCACACCAACAGGCGAGGCGUACAGAUGAGCUGAGCUUCUUCGUGUCCGCUCUGUCAUCUCACCGGACAGGAUUUGCAGCAUCGUGUCCAUCGACGAUGUUGAGUUUGCCGUCAGCCCCCUGCACCAGCCACACCCAGCCGCUGCCGAAGUGCCCCGCAGCCCGAGCGCUGAACUGCUCCUUGAAGGCCUCGAAGCUGCCGAACGCCUCGUUGAUCUUCUGUGCGAUGGGGCCGGUGGGCGUCCCGCCGCCGUUGGGCUUCAAGCAGUUCCAAUAGAAGUUGUGGUUCCAGAUCUGAGCCGCGUUGUUGAACACAGCACCGUCGGAUUUCUUGACCACGUCUGUGUAGAAGGUCACGGAGAGGGAGAGGGCCGUGUGUGGAUGGUUUGACGAUGAUAUGAUGCGAGUGUUGCCUACCUUCCAGUGACAUGGCUGCAAUCUCGGGCUUUUCCUUGGCGAUGCCUGCAAUGAAUGGCAAGGGAGGCAUAGAUAGCUCCGCACACAGGCUGUCAUGAGACUUGAUCAAUCACCAUCCCCUCACCAUUGAGCUUCCGCACAUAUGUGGCGUGGUGCUUGCCGUAGUGGUAGGCGAUGGUCUCCUUCGAAAUGCCGCCCAGCGACAUUGGAUCCUGGGGGACCACGGCAAAAGACAAGCACCACAUCCAGUGCUCCCGCCGGCGCACUGUCGGGUCGGUCGCUUACCCAUGGGAGGGGCGGGAGGCUGAAUGGCUUGGCGUUGAGGACAUCGGUGACGCCGAACUCCUCAUACACGCUGGGCUUCACACUCGUCGCAGUGGCCAGCAGACGACUGCUGCCGGGACGGCCGCCGCGGACCGACGGCACACCCGAGACAAACGCAGGCUCGAGAUGCUUGCAGAAACCUGCACAUCACAGCAACAGACACAUGCAUCUGCGUCAGCGCCUCGUGUAUGUAUCGGCCAUCUGCUUCUUACAGGGGGCGACAAGCGCAAGGAGAACGCCGAACUUCAGCAUCUUUGUGUCUGAGAAGAGCGAAGUCGGUGGGCUUCCAGAGUCCUCGAAAAUCAGUUACAGGCCUAUGAAAAGCCUAGAAAAUCAAGCCUCG